UCAGAGCGUUGUGGAUAUCUACUUUAUAACUGCGCCUUCCGUAGUGGUGAUAUUAGAGAUUGUCUUUAGUUAUUGAUUAGACGGAUAUAAUUCGAUUUGUAAUGAAAUAAAUACUAUUAUGUUUGUUAAAAUUAUGUUUUCAUAAUAAACUUAAUAAUAGGUUGUAUAUAUAUUUAUAUAUAUACAUAUUUGUGAAUUUAAUAAUAAAUACAUUUAGAAAGUGAUGAAUCCAGAUUAUUCAGUAAAACCAGGGAUGGACGUUCAGGAAUUCCGCUUACGUGGUAAAGAAAUGAUUGAAUAUAUUUGUGAACUCGUUACUAAUAUAAAACUUCGACGAGUAACGCCAGACAUUGGGCCAGGUUAUUUGAGACCAAUGUUAUCUGCUGAACCACCAUAUCUUCCUGAAUCAUGGGAUGAAAUCAUGAAAGACGUUGAGUUGAAAAUCAUGCCUGGAAUUACGUAUUGGCAGCAUCCACGUUUUCACGCUUACUUUCCAGCUGGAAAUUCAUUUCCUUCCAUCCUUGGAGACAUGCUGUCUGAUGCCAUUGGUUGUAUUGGAUUUUCUUGGGCUGCAUCACCUGCCUGUACAGAACUAGAGACCAUAGUUUGCGAUUGGCUAGGUAAAGCGAUUAGUUUACCAAACGAUUUCCUCUACUUUCAAGAAAAUAGCCGAGGAGGCGGUGUUUUACAGGGUUCCGCUUCGGAAUGCAUAUUAGUAUCUAUGCUGGCUGCUAGAGCACAAGCUAUUGCACGACUUAAAGAAAUGACCGUUUACUCACAUUUAGAUGAAACCACACUUCUUGGUAAACUAAUGGCCUACUGUAGUAGAGAAAGUCAUAGUUGCGUCGAGAAGGACGCGAUGAUUAGUUUUGUGAAACUUAGAAUUCUGGAACCUGAUGAAUUUAGUGCGUUACGUGGAGAAACAUUACAUCAAGCAAUCAAAGUUGAUGUAGCUGCUGGUUACGUGCCCUUUUUUGUAUCGACGACAUUAGGCACUACCGCUUGUUGCUCUUUUGACAAUCUUGAAGAAAUAGGACCAAUAUGUAAAAAAUAUCCAAAUAUAUGGCUGCAUGUUGAUGCUGCUUAUGCGGGUAAUUCCUUUAUUUGUCCAGAAUUGAAAUAUUUGAUGGAAGGUAUUGAAUACGCAGAUUCAUUCAACACAAAUCCAAAUAAGUUUCUCCUAACUAAUUUUGAUUGCUCAUGUCUUUGGGUACGAGACAGAUUUAAAUUGACAAGUGCAUUAGUCGUUGACCCUCUCUACUUACAACAUACUCACGCUGAUACAACUAUUGAUUAUAGACAUUGGAGUAUACCAUUGAGCCGAAGGUUUCGAUCUCUAAAAUUAUGGUGCGUUAUAAGGAAAUACGGCAUAUCAGGUCUUCAAUCGUACAUUCGCAAUCAUAUAAAACUGGCGAAAAUGUUUGAAUCACUGGUGAAAAGGGACGAUAGAUUUGAGCUUUGUAACAAAGUAGUGUUAGGAUUGGUAUGCUUCCGCGCAAGAGGUUCAGACAAACUCAACCAAAAACUUUUAAGUACUAUCAAUGAUUCAGGAAAAAUACACAUGGUCCCCGCAAAAGUCAACCAAAGGUACACCAUACGAUUUGCUCUUGCUUCUCCUAAUGCAACAGCUGAAGAUGUUGAUAUUGCAUGGGGUGUAAUAACAGAAUUUUUAACAGAAAUUCUAGAAUCCAAGGAUGUAAUGGAUGAAUUAGAUAUCAUAAAAGAGAAAAAAAGUAAAGCAACUUUGGAGGAAAGACGCUCUUUCUUUGUACGAAUGGUGUCUGAUCCAGCUAUUCAACCUGGUUUUACAAAGACUCCUAAUAGAAUAAAAUUGGACACGCAAACUACCUUAACAGGUUCUUCUUCGCAAGUGAUAACGCGUUCCUGGAUUUCAAGACCUCUGGCUUUAUUGAUGCAGGCUCGCGUUGCUGCUGAUACCAGUGAGUUAUCUUUAAGGUUUCGGCAUUUGGAUACCAUGGUCAGGCUUAAACCAAGUAAUAUCGACAGUCGACUCAGCAAUAGUUAUAAUGAUAGUCCUACGCAAUCACCAUCAGUUUCACCAUCUCGUGAUAAAUCAUGUAUUGAGAAAUACUAACCUGAAUACCCAACCCAUUAACAAUAUGCAAUUUAGUUAGAUAUAUGAGUUACCAUUUAGAGGUUUGAACUUUUCAUGUAUUGGAAAGUAAAUAAUUUUCAA